UCCCCUUUCCAUAAAUGGUGCAACUUUUCAUUUGUAUUGGUCAGUUUUGAAGAUUUAGCCUACUUACUAUUUCUGAUUGGAUUUAUUUGUCUGAGUAGAAUUGUUGAGAUGUCUGACUGUCAAGACUGUCAAGACUACGACUAUAAUACUUCAUACAAUGAUUCCCAAUUCUUUAAAAAACCCAUAGAUAUUAAGUAUCUAAAUACAAUCAGAAUGCUAUACAUCACUGGAUAUAUCAUCAUCUGCACCCUUGGCCUGGUUCUCAACCUUUUAGUCAUUAUAGCAGGCAUCUGUAACAACCACAUCUCUAAUACUGCAAAAUGCAUCCUGGCAUUAGCCGUGACUCACUUGAUCUGCUCAGCAUUCCUGCCACUUCAGAUCCUCUACAGUUGGUUUCACUUCAACUGGCACUAUGGAACAGCUCUGUGCAAACUCUCAUCUUAUGUAUUUUAUGCCAGCCUGUUCUCCACAGCAGGUAUACUGACUGUAUGGAAACUCACUUACAAAUGCCAAGGAUGGCACUGCAAUAAAUUUAAACAUUCAUCAGUAGUCUUGUUGAUGAUUCUGAGUACCUGGACAUUUGCAGCAGUUUUAGGCCUUCCAUCUUUGUUCUCCAGAGAGCUUCGAUACACAGUCCUUGGGGAGCAGUGCAUCGAUGAUUAUGAUUUUGAUGAUAAGAAAACGACACAAUAUGGCAAAACAAUGAUAACUAUUGUAGUUUGUUAUAGACUUCUACUUGGGAUUUUGAUCCCAGUAUUUCUGAUUGGUAUCAGCCGUUCAUGUCAGCGUUAUCGAAUCAUGUGUUUGAUAAACGUAGCUUACAUUGUGUGCUGGACUCCUCUGUUAAUCACUGCGUUUCUACAAGUUGUUCUAAAAGAGUUUGAUGCUUCCUCAUAUGGAUUACCUGUAACAACUGUGCUGGCUGCAGCUCACUGCUGUGUUAAUCCAGUCAUAUAUAUUUUGGUGAAUCCAGACAUCAAAAUGUUAUGGAUGAAACAGGAACAAGACUUUGAUGAAUCAACCAACGGUUAUAUUUAAUGCCUUUUGGAAUUUCCUCAAUAUAUAUAUAUAUAUAUCUUUCUUCACAAAUUCAAUUAAGGGAGUUUCCUGACAAUGGUUUCACCCUAACACAUUUUAUAAAGGGCAGCUACAAAGCCACUUCUCUUCAGGAAAACCCCCACAAAUUAUGACUCCAAGCAUCG